AUGUCAUACCCCUCUAUGGAGCCGUCGCGCGGCUUUCAGCUUCCACAGCCUAAAAUUCCUGGAGAUGAAGAUAUGCGACGUCGACUUCCCCCUAUGGCUUCGCCGCCGCCUUCAAAAAGGUACAAGUCGGAGUCGACCCCUGGUAGCGAUACGGGUCGCUCAAGGUACUAUCACUCCCAAUCGGUACCAACGAGCGAACGGAGUCGCUCGCGCCAGACUUCAACAGCCAUGGAUAUUUAUGUCAUUACCGAUCCAGAUCCGUCCGAUAAUCGCAAUCGCGAUCGGGACCGGGAUCUGGAGCGCAGAGUUGGUCGGUUUCUGAGCAAUGGCUCGGUCGCGACGCAAUCGUCGCAGAUCUCCAACAUUUCCCAUGCUUCUACUCGUACUUCUUUCUCCUCACCUCCGGUGAUUAUCAACAAUCGCAAAAUUCCCGAAAAAUAUCCGAGCUAUUCUGAAAAUGGACGAAUGUACCAUGGCUACCGGAAGGGCUCCUACAUGAUGCCAUGCGAUGAAGAGGAACAAGACCGUCUGGAUAUCUUCCACAAACUGAUCACCGUCGCCCGUGCAUCAGACGGUCUAAUAUAUGCCCCACACCCGCAAAAUUCACGUAUUCUGGACCUGGGCUGCGGAACAGGAAUAUGGAGUAUCGAAGUCGCGAAUAAAUACCCAAAUAGCUUCGUGGUUGGUGCAGACUUAGCACCAAUCCAGCCAGCCAACCAUCCUAAAAACUGCGAUUUCUACGCCCCCUUUGAUUUCGAGAGCCCAUGGGCCAUGGGUGAAGAUUCAUGGGACCUGAUCCACAUGCAAAUGGGGCAAGGCAGUGUCAAAAGCUGGCCCAGCCUCUAUAAACGAAUAUUUUCUCACCUGCGCCCUGGCGCAUGGUUCGAACAGGUCGAAAUCGAUUUCGAACCGCGUUGUGACGAUCGUUCUUUGAGCGGACUCGCACUGCGCCACUGGUAUACCGCACUUAAGAAUGCGACGGAAUCUCGCAUGCAGCCAAUUGCCCAUAGCUCGCGUGAGACGAUCCGCAAUUUGCAAGAAGCCGGUUUCACUGAGAUAGACCAUCAGAUGGUGGGCUUGCCAAUGAACGCCUGGCACAAAGACGAGCACGAGCGCAAGGUCGCUCGCUGGUAUAACCUCGCCGUGUCAGAGAGCGUCGAGCCUAUGAGCUUGGCUUGCUUCAGCCGAGUGUUUGCGUGGCCCAUAGAGAAGAUUCAACGCCUGGCAGCUGAUGUCAAGUCUGAAGCUUUCAAUAAGGAGAUUCACUGCUACAACAUCUUGCAUAUAUACCAGGCCCGCAAGCCCGUUUGCGAUUAA